AAUCUUCACAUUGUAUACAUGGGAUCACUCCCAAAGCAUAAUUAUUCUCCAACAUCUCACCAUCUUAGUAUGCUGCAACAAAACAUGGUUAGAAGUUAUUAUAAGAGCUUUAAUGGUUUUGCUGCAAUGAUCACUAACCAAGAAAGAGAGAAGCUGAAAAAGAUGGAAGGAGUGGUUUCUGUUUUUCCAAGCAAAUCACUCAAACCACAAACUACAAGGUCUUGGGACUUCAUGGGGUUCAAAGAAUCGAUACAGAGAAACAAAACCGCUGAGAGUGAUGUUAUAAUCGGAGUUAUAGACACCGGAAUCUGGCCGGAGUCAAAGAGCUUCAACGAUCAUGGUUUUGGUCCGAUUCCCAAAAAGUGGAAAGGCGCAUGCAAAGGUGGUAAAAACUUCAGAUGCAACAAUAAAAUAAUCGGUGCAAGAUACUAUCUAAAAGAUCAACCUUCAACAAGAGACAUUGUUGGGCAUGGAACUCACACAGCAUCAAUUGCAGCAGGGAAUAAAGUUGUGGGAGCAAGCUUCAAUGGAAUCGCCGAAGGAGUUGCAAGAGGAGGUGUCCCAUCAGCAAGAAUUGCUGCUUAUAGUGUGUGUAGUGAACAAGGAUGCACAGAUGGUGCCAUAUUGGCUGCUUUUGAUGAUGCCAUUGCCGAUGGUGUGGAUCUUAUCACAAUUUCAAUUGGGCAACCUGAGCAAAUGACCUUUGAUAAAGACAUCAUAGCAAUUGGAUCGUUUCAUGCGAUGAAAAAAGGGAUCCUCACUAUAAACUCUACAGGUAACAAUGGUCCUAACACUGCAACAUUUAGUGUAUCACCUUGGUUAUUCACUGUUGCAGCUACCACUAUGGAUCGCGUUUUGCUUGGCAAUGGAUUAAUGCCUUCGGGGAAGUCAAUAAAUGGGUUUGCAUCAAAUAGUGCUGAAAUACUGAGUAGUGCAGGCUUCAUAAACAAUAGUGCUCCAAUUGUUGCUGAAUUCUCUUCUGUAGGACCCAAUAUGCAAAUCAAAGAAAUUAUGAAGCCAGACAUAAGUGCUCCGGGUAUAGAAAUUUUGGCUGCUUACUCACCUCUUGCACCACCUUCUCCUGAUAAAAGAGAUAAAAGAUCUGUGAAAUACAACAUACUCUCUGGAACCUCAAUGUCAUGCCCCCAUGUUGCUGGUGCAGCUGCAUAUGUUAAGACUUUUCAUCCUGAUUGGUCUCCGGCAGCUAUAAAGUUUUCUCUUAUGACCACUGCAAAACCAAUGAAUGGAAGUCAACUCGCAGAAUUCUCCUAUGGAUCAGGAUUUUUGGACCCAGUUAGAGCCAUAAAUCCUGGUCUAGUUUUUAAUGUUUCCAAAGAUGACUAUGUGAAUUUGCUUUGCAAAAUUGGGUAUGAUACAAUGAAAGUUCGAAAAAUCUCAGGAGACAAAAGUGUUUGCUCUUCAUCAUCAUCUCAUCAUCAUCUGCCAAUGGCAAAAGAUUUUAAUUAUCCUGCAAUUGUGGCUGAGAUUGAACCAAUGAAACCAUUCAUGAUUAAUUUCACAAGAACAGUUACAAAUGUUGGAUUUGCUAACUCUACCUAUAAGGCUUGCAUCCAACAACAUUCUGGCAUCAACUUCACUGUUGUGCCUGACAUACUUAAGUUUAAAUGUCUCAAGGAGAAACAAUCUUUUGUUGUUCAUGUUGUUGGAGGGAAAUUUAGUGACUCUAGUUUAGUUUCAUCGUCACUGUCGUGGACCGAUGGAACACAUAGUGUAAGGUGUCCACUUAUUUUACGUGUUAUAAAAGUAGGAGUAUGA